AUGGCCCAAGAAAAAAGAAAACCCUUCAAGGGCAAGAAGCUCCACAAGGAUCUUCGCGACUAUAAGAACCAGGAGAUCAAGCGGUCCUUGGUGCAUCGUGCUCGGUUGCGGAAAAGCUAUUUCAAGCUUUUGGAAAAAGAAGGUAUUCCGGCAGGCCAGGAAUACCCGGGCCUGGCAAGUGCUGCCGAGGAAGACCCAAGGAAAGGCGCACGCGAUGACCGCCAUGCAAAAACAGACGGCUCGAGUGACGACGAAAAACAGUUGAAUUUCGCCGAAAGGGCCAAAUUGGCGCGCGAGAGGAAGGAGCAGAAACGCGAGGACGAGCUCCGAAGAGUCCAGGAACGGAGACAGAAAAUCGAACAGAGCCAGAAGGAUCGCGAGAAGAAGAAACUCAGUUUGCAGCAGCGCACGCGGCGCGGGCAGCCUGUCAUGGGGCCCAAGAUCAGUGAUUUGUUGGACAAAAUCAGACACAACGGCUGA